UGGGCGCCUUUACUACAAGCUUUACGGUACAAACAUGGCCACUUACUGGAGAGUAAACAUUUACAGUCUUGUACUUAUUUAAACGCUAUAGACAAAUGAUCUACAAAAGAAGACAAAGCAGCACUUUAAAAUGAAACUGUCCUCAGCUACAUCAUUUUUAUUGCGAGGACAUCGCAUUUGCCGGACAUCGGGCGCUGUGUCAUGUAACGCUAAAUUGGUCAGAUAUGAGCCAGUUCGUUUAAAAAAACACUUCUCUGUGUCUGCAGAGACACAUAGCACUGCGCUUUUGUACCGAAACCAUGGGGAACCCUCCAAAGUUGUUCAGCUGGAGACAUUGGACAUGCCACCCAUUGGACCUGAAUGUGUCCUGGUGAAAAUGCUGGCAGCUCCCAUUAAUCCCUCUGAUUUAAACAUGGUUCAAGGCACCUACGCUAUCUUGCCCAGUCUCCCAGGAGUGGGUGGCAAUGAGGGGGUCUGUCAGGUCAUGGAGGUAGGCAACAAAGUGACAACACUCAAGGUGGGCGACUGGGCAAUUCCAAGAGAUGCUGGCAUAGGUACAUGGAGAACAGCAGCUGUGUUGAAGGCUGAUGAUCUGGUGGCAUUGCCCAAAGACAUUCCUCUGCUGUCUGCUGCUACUUUGGGAGUGAACCCCUGUACAGCUUACAGAAUGCUCUUGGACUUUGAGGAGCUCAAACCAGGCGAUACAGUCAUUCAGAAUGCAGCAAACAGUGGCGUCGGACAGGCUGUUAUUCAGAUUGCUGCUGCCAAGGGUAUUCAAACCAUCAAUGUUGUCCGAGACAGGCCUGACCUGCAACAGCUCCAUGACAGACUUAAAGCGCUGGGUGCCACACAUGUCAUUACAGAGGAGUCACUAAGACGGCCCGAAAUGAAGGAGCUUUUUAAGUCAUGUUCACGACCCAAACUGGCACUAAAUGGAGUUGGAGGUAAAAGCGCCACAGAGCUGUUACGCCAUUUACAAAGUGGAGGUAGUAUGGUGACGUAUGGAGGAAUGGCCAAACUACCAGUCACUGUACCAGUGAGCGCACUGAUCUUUAAAGAUGUAAAAAUAAGAGGUUUUUGGGUGACCCAGUGGAAGAGAGACAAUAGACAUGAUGAAGACUCCUUACAGAAAAUGCUGGAUGAACUUUGCAUCCUUAUCCGUGCUGGGAAACUCGCAGCUCCAGCUUGCACCGAAGUGAGGCUUCAGGACUUCCAAAAAGCUCUGGAUGAUGCCAUGAAGCCAUACGUGUCCACCAAACAAGUUUUUGUUAUGUGAUGCCUUUCAUAAAUUUGCUGUAUGUUAAUAACAUACAGACAAAAAUGUGAUAUUGACAUCAAAUUAAUCCUGUAAAUCCUCUUCAUGGGUUUUUCCAACUUCAUGAAAGCAAAAGCUAUUUUGGCAAUAUUUUAUUUUGACGUUGUCAUUUAGGCAACUUAAAAUUUGUAUUGAUUAUAAAUCAGACAAGUCGGCUUUUAUAGCGACUACACAGAGAUGACUUACUUUUCUGUAUAGAGUUAUCGCAAACUGUUGUUGAAUCAAAUAAAUGUGUGUACAAAGACAA